CCAUUCCAGGGUCGUGCCUCCUAGUCUUAGAGGCAGGAAUCACUGUGUUAGCCUGGAAGGGAUCACCUAAGGAUACUAAACAUUACAGGACGAAGAGCAGUCUCUAUACACUGCCAUCAUGACAGAUGAAGAGGAUGUUAAGAAGAGCAAGUCAAAGGAGGUAUGUGGCUAUCCCCUAAGCAUAUUCUUCAUUGUUGUAAAUGAGUUCUGCGAGAGAUUCUCCUACUAUGGCAUGCGAGCUGUGCUGGUGCUGUACUUCAGGUACUUCCUUCGGUUUGAUGAUGACCUGGCCACCUCCAUCUACCACACCUUCGUGGCUCUGUGCUACCUGACUCCCAUCCUGGGAGCCAUUGUAGCAGACUCCUGGUUGGGCAAGUUUAAGACUAUCAUCUACUUGUCCAUUGUCUAUGCAAUUGGCCAGGUUGUGAUGGCAGUCAGCGCCAUUCAUGACAUCACGGACACAGACAGAGAUGGCACGCCAGACAACUUGACCUUGCAUAUUGUGCUGUCCAUGGUGGGCCUGCUCCUCAUUGCGCUGGGUACAGGUGGUAUCAAACCAUGUGUAGCUGCUUUUGGAGGAGACCAGUUUCAGGACCACCAGGCAAAACAGAGGAGCACUUUCUUCUCAGUUUUCUACCUGUGUAUCAAUGGUGGGAGUCUCCUGUCUACUAUCAUUACACCAAUCCUCAGAGGCCAGGAGUGUGGCAUCCACAGCCAGCAGAAGUGUUACCCUCUGGCCUUCGGUGUCCCUGCUGCGCUCAUGGUGGUCGCCCUUGUCGUGUUCAUAAUUGGAAGUGGUAUGUACCAUAAGACUGAACCGCAGGGAAACAUAAUGCUGGAUGUGUGUAAAUGUAUUGGGUUUGCAAUAAAGAACCGCUUCAGGCACAGGAGUAGCUCCUACCCGAAGAGAACGCACUGGAUGGACUGGGCCGAAGAGAAACACGAGAAACUCCUCAUUGCUCAGAUAAAGAUGGUGCUGAAGGUCCUAUUUCUGUACAUUCCCCUUCCAAUGUUUUGGACCCUAUUUGACCAAAAGGGCUCUAGGUGGACUCUUCAGGCCACCACCAUGGAUGGAAACUUUGGAUCCCUCAUUCUGCAGCCUGAUCAAAUGCAGACUGUCAACCCUAUCCUGAUCCUGACUCUGGUACCGAUCAUGGACAGUGUGGUGUACCCACUGAUAAAGAAAUGUGGCCUGAACUUCACUCCUUUGAGGAGAAUGACAGUGGGGAUGUUUUUGGCAGCCAUGGCCUUUGUUGCCGCAGCUUUGGUACAGAUCCAGAUUGAUAAAACCUUGCCAACCUUCCCAUCGUCCUCCCAGAGCCAAUUAAAAUUACUCAACAUGGGCAGUAUCCCCCUGACAGUUACCUUACCCAAUAACGAUCCAUUCGUCAUUGAAGCAGCUAAGGCUAGUGCAAAUUACCUUACAUUUGAGGAAGAAAGCAUCCAAGUUUCAUUUCAGAGUCCUGCAAUAUCUAGGACUAUUUCCUUAGCAAAGAACAAACGGCAAACACUUCUAAUUCCCUCAAACCUCAGUGCCCCAAUGUGGGAGGUGACUGAUGAUGUGAUGGCAAAGCCAGAGCAAGGGGCCAAUGCAAUCAGAUUUGUUAAUGGUAUGGCUGGAGUGGUGAAUGUGUCAACCUUUGGAAGCAUUGACUACUCCUCUGCUUCCAACUACUCUCUCAUAUCAAAUGGAAAAGCCACCUUCACCAUAACCAAUGGUGCGAACACGUGUGAAUACUCCAGAGAAUUUGGAUUCGGGAGUUCUUACACUCUGCUUAUCCCCAGUCAUUUUGUAUGGGGCCCGACUUGCUCGGAAUCCAUUUCUGGGGUUGAGGAUAUCCAGCCCAACUCCUUCCAUAUGGGCUGGCAGAUCCCACAGUACUUCCUCAUUACCUGUGGAGAGGUGGUGUUCUCUGUUACUGGCCUGGAGUUCUCUUAUUCACAGGCACCGAGCAACAUGAAGGCAGUGCUACAAGCAGGCUGGCUGUUCACUGUAGCUAUUGGCAACUUUAUUGUCCUUAUUGUGGCUGAGAUUGCACAGAUUGAAGAACAGUGGGCAGAGUUUGUCCUCUUCGCCUCCCUCCUAGUGGCAGUGUGUGUCAUCUUCUCCAUCAUGGCCUAUUUCUAUACCUACAUGGACCCUGCAGAGAUCGAGGCCCAGUUCAGGGACAAAGAUGGUACGGAGGAAUCAGACAAAGAGGAGCUUCAAAUGCAGAAGAAAGAUUUCGUAGACCAUCACAAUGAAGAUGAUGAAGCCAAACAAUCAAAAAUGUAAAUUUCUGUCAAUUUGCAUAAUUGUGUGUGUGUGUGUGUGUGUGUGUGUGUGUGUGUGUGUGUGUGUGUGUGUGUGUGUGUGUGUGUGUGUGUGUGUGUGUGUGUGUGUGUGUGUGUGUGCG